GAUCUCAUCAAAACUGUAGUACCAUCAAAUUCUAGCUAUGGCUUCUCCUGUCCUGCCGUCAUCAACCCCAACCACUAUUUCCAGCUCCCCCAUUCAAACUUCCUUCUUUCCAAAAACAUCUCAACUUUUCUUGAAUAAGAAGAUCAAAAAGCCAGACUACUCCGGCCCAAGUAAAGUAGUGUCAUGCAAAGCCACGAACAAUGGGAGCAAAGGAGACUCUUCUCUCAACAGGUUUGAUAGAAGGGAUCUCCUGAUUGGGCUAGGAGGUCUCUACGGGGCAACCAACCUUUCCAAUGACCCAUUUGCAUUAGCAGCACCUAUUGCCGCUCCUGAUUUGACCCUUUGCGGUGAUGCAACAAUAUCAGACACAACAAAAGAGACAGUCUAUUGCUGCCCACCAGAAACGACAAAGGUCAUAGAUUUCAAACCACCUACAUAUUCCAAGAUACGCUAUAGGUCUGCUGCACAUUUAGUUGAUCCUGACUACUUGGCUAAAUUUACCAAGGCCAUGGAGCUCAUGAGAGCUCUUCCUGAUGAUGAUCCACGUAGUUUCAAGCAACAAGCAAAUAUUCAUUGUGCCUAUUGUAACGGGGCUUAUGAUCAAGUAGGGUUUGAUCAAGAUAUUCAAGUUCAUUUCUCGUGGCUCUUUUUCCCAUUCCAUAGGUUGUAUCUUUAUUUCUAUGAAAGGAUUUUGGGCAAGCUGAUUGGUGACCCGGAUUUCGCCAUGCCAUUUUGGAACUGGGAUGCCCCUGCAGGCAUGCCCAUACCUGCCAUAUAUGUAAACCCUAACUCUCCACUCUACGAUGACAAGCGCAAUGUUAACCAUCAGCCACCAAAGGUCGCUGAUCUUGAUUACAAUGGCACUGAUAAAGAUAUAACAGACACAGCAAUGGUACAAAGUAAUCUCAAGGUCAUGUACAAGCAGAUGGUGUCUGGUUCAAAGACGGCUUCUCUUUUCCAUGGAAAGGUGUACCGUGCUGGCGAUAAACCCAGUCCAGGAGGGGGUGUUGUCGAGCUCGGUUCUCAUACCGCGAUUCACAGGUGGUGUGGAGACCCGAGACAAACAUAUUCGGAAGACAUGGGAAAUUUCUAUUCCGCAGGCAGAGACCCACUGUUUUAUGCUCACCACUCCAAUGUUGACCGAAUGUGGUCGAUUUGGAAGGGGUUACCAGGAAAGAAGCGAAAUGAUUUCACUGACACAGAUUGGCUUGAUGCCUCGUUUGUUUUUUACGAUGAGAAUGCGAAUCUUGUUCGUGCCAGGGUUCGUGAUUGCCUUGACACUAGAACUUUGGGGUACGAUUAUCAAGGAGUUGAUGUUCCAUGGCUUAAAACUAAGCCAGUUCCUCGUAAGUUUUCCAAGAAAGGGGGAAAGGGUCAUGGUCAGGCAGUGGCAGCCGAGACAAAGAACAAAAACGUUAUACGUAAUGCGUUCCCGAUAGUUUUAGACAAAAUAGUGAGCAUUGAGAUUCCAAGGCCAAAGAAAUCAAGGACUAAGCUUGAAAAAGAAGAAGAAGAAGAAGUAUUGGUGCUGGAAAGCAUUCAGUUAGACACAUCUACUCCGGUGAAAUUUGAUAUUUACAUUAAUGAUGAGGAUGAUGAGGCACCUAGUGGACCAGAAGAUUCAGAGUUUGCAGGGAGCUUUACCAAUGUGCCCCAUAACCAUAGCCAUUCGAAGAAGUUGGAGACAAGUUUUUCUUUGGCAAUAUCAGAGGUGUUGGAGGAUUUGGAUGUUGAAGGUGAUGAUAACAUUGUCGUGACUUUGGUGCCUAGAGAAGGGAAGGGUCUUGUUUCGGUUGGCAACAUCAAGAUUGACUAUAUCCGAGAAUGAUCGGUUCAUUGCUCUUUCGUUGCUUCCCUAUCUACUAUAGGGAUAUGUUUUCCUUGAUCCUUAGUGCUUCUUGAGAUCGAUCCAAUCGUCUCUUGUUCCCUUCUUUUCUAUAUCAAUGUGUGUCGAAGUAUAAAUAAGGCCAUUAAGUCUAUGACCAUAGAACCUUAUAUGGCAUGUUCUGAGUAAGGAGACCUAUCUAAGAUUUUAUGUUCGGGUCUUUUCAUGCAUGUAUUAUGUGAAUGAGUUUGGAUAAAUGCACGAGGUGGUUCCUUUUCAUGUUCAACAAUAAAUAAGAAACUCGUAACUUAUUAUUCAA